GGCGUUGGGGGAAACAAAUAUGUGAUGUCUUCAUACGUUACCCCAACACCUACUUGUCGAUUCCAAUUUCUAAAAGGGAACCAGUGGUGGGGCUCGCGACCACACUUUUGCCUUGUGAAUGCUCCAAAGAUCCGUUCAUCGGUCCUUGAAGGACAACAGACGUUCUGAAAUUCUUGAUUUCGCGCCAUUCCUGGAAAGAUUUCAUGUGAUGGUCGCCAAAGAAACCUAAUGACCGUUGCUUUGGGUGGCUCUAUGCAUUGAGGAUGUGGAAGCUGUUGGGAUUUGAGGGUUUUGCACACCGUUAUCCAGAUGAGGAAUGGGAUUGCAAAUUGCAAGCAGCCUGAUGGGUUGGCUGUCGACAACCACAGCUGGUUACGGCAACUUGUUAGCCAGACCUACCGCACCUCAACCGCACCAUGCUUCCACCCUUCUAAUGAUUUUAGUAGCACGCACCUUAGCUGUGCACCUCGUAGCGGUUGUACCAGUACUAGCACGCACCUCCACCGCAUCCUUCAGCCCUUUCGAGACUAUUAUAGUACCGGUAGCACGCACCCUACUCUAGCUAUGCGUGGAGGUUCCAGCUAGUGCUAGCUAGCCACCACAGUAACCUUCAUCUAACUCAGCGUGGACCAGUGCCCCAAGGUGUCAGCGUGGACCUUGUUCGAAGCUUGAGGAGGACGGUGACAUCGUGGAAGCAGGGCGGAGCAUCAGCUAUGAACGGGGAGCGGCCCAACUACUAGCCACUAGGCAACGACAGUACACUGUACUGGUAGCUUCCAGCACAGAGGAACACUACCAGUGUACCAGUUGCUAGCUAGCGAGACAACACGAUAGUCCGAUAGUUUCCACGCUGAAGCUAGAUCUUAGCAAUCAAAUCGAAUCAGCCCUUUCCCAAAACCUACACAAAACGCAAAUGAGAAAGGCACUGUCGUACAUUUGUGAGCGAUUCCAGACCGUAAAGGAGAAUCAGUAGCCAGCCACCAACAACAUGUCCGAGGUUCCAUCAGACAAGCUUGAGCUUCCCCAUUGCGAGGAGAUCACUCGUGAUGCUGGCAUUGCCAGCUUUUUGACAGAUGAUGCACUUUGUGAUCUUACUUUAAUUGGCAAUGAUGGUGAUACAGUCCAUGCCAACCGAUUUUUGCUGGCAUCACGCAGCAAAGUCUUCCAUAGCAUGUUGCUUGGUAAAUUUGCAGAAGCACAGAAAGAUGAAAUCCCUUUGGACUACAGGGGUUGUGUCCUCAAGUCACUUGUUGAGUACAUUGUAACAGAUUCCACUGGACUACUUGAAAACAGUGCAAAAGACACCCCAAUUGAUGAAGCUCAAGCUGAAGUGCUUGCUUCACAAAUGGCGGCAGCCAUGUUCUUUGAGCUGCCUGGUUUGUGUCAGAAAGUGUUUGCACUGGUCAACCAAACAUUGUGCAAGCACCCAACAUCAGCUUUUGCCAUUUUGGAGGCUUGCCAGAAAGAAGGGCCAGCUAUCCCAGCACAGCUGAAGGUCGUGGUUAUAUCUCGGCUUGUCGCAAAUAUCAAUGUCUUGGACAAUUCUGCAGUUUCAGUUUUGAGUGUUGAGUCACUGAAAGAUAUUCUCAAAUGUGAUACCACUGAAGUUGAUGAAUUCUGUCUCUUUGAGCUUUUGCAACUUUGGGUUGAAGGGAAGAAGAAUGCCUCUGAUGAUUCUACCACCAGUGGCAGUGAGUCACCCAAGAACAUUGCAUCCCAGUUGGUAAAGAAGCACAUCCGUAUGGAUUGGAUUGACCCUGAGCUCUUAUUCACCUCAGUCCAGUCAUCUGGUUUUGUACCACAAGAACUCCUCUUGGCAGCCUUUCACAAACAAGCUGUACGCAUAAAGAGACAGCACAAUAAUGUCGUCUUCAAGCAAGCCCGCAACCUUGUUGUCUGGAAAAACUCAUUGACAAACGUUUCCAGCUCACCAGCCAAUGCAACUGCAUUUUGCAAUGCAUCUGAUAUGCUUCAGUACCCCCCAAUCGUCUGUGGUAAACACGAAUGGACUCUUGAGCUUGUUGAAGAAAGCAAAGGUGAUUGGGUUGGAAUUGCUUUUCAAAACAUUGACCUGUCCAAAUGGCUUGGAGAACAAAAGGGCGGAUGGGGUUUGUGUCGUGAUGGGAGGGCAUGUCACAAUGCAGCAAAACACUCCGAGGGCCACCCAAGGUACACGAAAGGCUCCAAAAUCACCUUUACAAUCAACUUGUCACCAAAUGAGGAAAGUAAUGGGACACUCCAUGCACAGAUUGAUGAUGAUGAAAAGUUUCUUGUCUUUGAAAAUCUCAGAGAAGAGUUGCAAGGUAGCAAUGGUGGCUUUGUGCCAGCUGUAUCAAACUAUCCUCAAGGCAAUUUUCGCCUUGUUCGAAUUGAAAAAUUGGGCUGAGUGAUGUACUGUGGAGUGAGAAAGAAAGGUAAUUACAUUGGAAAUUCCAUGAUGUUAGAAGGCAACUUUUGCCUUUGUUCACUUGAAAGAUUGGAAUGAGGGCUGUGCUGACCAGGAUCAAAUCAUACGAUUGUAAAAUCGAAUAAUAUAAAUUCACGGAACUGUCCAGUAGUGUACCGG